AUGUCAGCCAUCGAUAUAAAUGAUUUUAAGCAAGCCAUUGAAGACCUUCCUGAUGAUUCAUUGAUUUCCUUGAAAUCCCAAUUGAAUAAUUCAUUGGCUAAAUUGGCUACUACUAAUGACGAACUUUCUAAUGAAAUCAAACAAUUAUCUGCUGAAGAAGGCAAUAGAGAUGAUAUUACUUUGUAUGCUGAAACCAUCUUGGAGAAUGAAGGGGUGAUACAGAAUCAAGAAGAAAGAUUAAAGGUUCUAGAACAAGAACUCACAAACAGAGGAUUAUUAAAACCUACGCCAGAAACCCCUGAAAAAACUAACGAGUCAAAUGAAACUAAAGGUGUAUAUCUUUAA